GCCAGAUUGAAGCGGCGCGCGGAGCGGCGGUUGGUGCCGUGAUGGAGGCGCUGACCUUUCCCCGCUACAGCCCGGAUGAUAUUGUCGCUUAUCUCCGCAGCCACGUCCUGGUGGGAGCCGAAGCCCGCAACCUCACCAAGGCCGACCUGUUCGCCACCCUCAAGCCUGAAGUUUUGCACAUGAUUUUCAUAAGAAUUCUGCAGAAAGUGUAUGGGAUCCGCCUGGAGCACUUCUACAUGAUGCCAGUCAACGUUGAUAUAGUGUAUCCACAGAUAUUUGAAGGCUUUCUACCUGUUUGUAAUCUGUAUAUUCAUAUGGAGCGCUUCCUUCCAGUGUGCCGGGUUAAUGAUUUUCAAAUUUCUGAUGUUAUAAAUCCAAAGGCAAAGAGGACAGCUCGCUUCUUGAGCGGCAUUCUCAACUUUGUGCAUUUCAGAGAAUGCCGACGCGAGGCCUACUUGGAGUUGCAGCUGAGCUAUAAAUCUGCUAUGGAGAAACACCAACAACUGGAGACAGCAAAUCAGGAGUUAGAAAUGAAGCUGGAGAAGCUAAACACUGUUCCAGUUGAACAGCAAGCAGAAUUCAAGCAACUGUCGGAUGACAUUCAAGAACUGGAGCAACUUCUAAGCCAUGACUAUCGUCGGAAAACAGCAGCAUUGCAAGAAGUGAUUUCACAAAAGAAGUCAGAUAUUACAGAGAGGACCAGAAAACUGAAUGAGCUUAAAGUGACAAUGGCUACUUUGAAAGAAGAACAAGAGCAGCUGAAAUCAAAAAUUGUGGAGAGCCCAGAGGAAUUGAAGAAUUAUAAGGAACUAAUGAAGGAGACUGUUAAGAAACUCAAGAAAUCCAAGCAAGAGGUUAUUGAGAAAUACGAAGGUUAUCGAGACCUGGUUGAAGUUCUGCCAUCGUGCCAAUUGGAGGUGCAGUUAUAUCAGAAGAAGAUGGAAAGACAGGCAGCAAAUGUGGAAAGACUGGCCAGUGUAUUAGCAGAGGUCAGAAAUCUGGAAGACCAGCUGGAGAGUGCUCAAAUCGAGCUGAAGAAAGGGAAGACGGAUGAAAUGUCCCUGAAGAGACUGGUCACUGCGAAGCAUGAGAGGCUGUCUACAGCUGAAAUAAGGAUAAAAAAGAAGCGUGAAGAUGUUGAGCAAUAUAAGCACACUGUAUUUGAAUAUUUUAACAGAGUUCAGGAAAAGAGGGGUGCUGUAUAUGAUAAAGUGACAGCAAUUCACAAGGAAAUCCAACAGACAAGGUUCAAAAUCCAGCAACUGAAUGAGAAUGCUGAAAAAGAAGAAACAAAAGCUAAAGAGAUAUACCAAAACCUGAAGGCUGGAUUGGAGAAGCGUCACGAUUCUCUCAUAAAGACAGCAAAGAAUUAUGCAGCCUCAAGAGAAGAUAAGAUUGCUGAACUGCAGAAGGGACUGCUUAGAGUUCAGAGUCCUGGAAGUAGUUCUUAGACCUGCCUUCACUUGUAUUCCUCUUCUGUUUAUCUUCGUAUCUGAACUCAGCAACUUGUGCUUUGUGUGAGAUGGAGAGUUAUUCCAGGCAAAAAACGGCUUUCUCAAAAGCCACGACAGAACAUAUUUACAGUUGUGUUAACUAGAUGCUAGAACUUGUUUCUGCUCUUGGUGGUAUUGGAUCCUCACAUAUGUUAAUUCAAGUCCAUGUUUGGGUGUUCAGUCCUUUUAAAAAAACAAAACAACAGACAAACCCCCAAACCAAAGGAAUAUCUGUAGCUUAACUUGUGAUGGCACUUAGUUUGCCACAGUGUUUUGAGAAUGCUUUUCAAUUGUUUCAAGUACUGUCAAUUUUUAAAAUAGCUGAUAUAAGGAUAUUUAAUCCUAUUGCUAUGUUAUGCUUCUUCUCCUCCCCACUCUCUCAACUCCCUCUGUCAAGUGUUCCAAUUGGAAAAUAAAACUUGUUCUGUACAUUUGUA